UUCAUCGGAACACAAUGUAUUGGGAAUGGAUGUUCACUGCUUUUCUUCUCGUAUUUGGAAAAAUCAAUUGCCAUAGAAUAAACAAAGAUAAAUGUGUCAGAGACGUAGCAGACAAAGUUGCCAAUCUUAUCACCGAAACCAGGAGUGAAUGCACGUUGACACCUCCUGAUGAUUUAGACUUCCGACCUUCCGAUUGUGGAGAUUUGAAGAAGACAGAACACAAAAGUGGAGUCUAUAAGAUAUACCCUGAUAGAACUACCAGUUUUCAAGUUUUUUGUGAUAUGGAGAACUACGAAGGUGGUUGGACGGUGAUUCAAAAAAGGACAAAUGGUUAUGUUGGUUUCUAUAGAGACUGGGAGUCUUACAAGGAUGGAUUUGGAGAUCUCCAAACAGAUUUCUGGUUAGGGAAUGAAUACCUGAACAAACUGACCGAACAAGGAUAUUACAUACUGCGGAUAGACAUGUGGGACUUUGCAAAUAACCAAAAAUAUGCCAUCUACGAGAAAUUUAUUGUUAACAACGAGAGGUCAGGGUACAAACUGGAGGUAGCUGGUUAUGUUGGUAAUGCAGGGGAUGCAUUGUCUUAUCAUAAUGGAUAUAGAUUUUCUACGAGGGACAAAGAUUUAACUUCUCGGAAAUGUGCUACGAAGUGUAAUGGAGGAUGGUGGUAUCGUGGUUGUCAUCACGGCAAUCUAAAUGGAAAUUACCUUAAGGGAACACACAGAACUUAUGGAGACGGUAUUAAUUGGAAACCGUGGAAAGGAUACUACUAUUCACUGAAGGCAACCCGUAUGAUGAUACGGAGAGCCUAAACGAAGUUUAUUUUUUAUGAACAAAAAAUAAUCAAUAAAAAUAUAAGCCAUUUAA